UUAGCGGUCGCAUCGCGAUGAUAUCCUCGGGCAGUUUUCUGAUUUCCAUUUUCACGGUAUUAAUUACCGCGGUUUACUACUACUUCAAGAAUGUUAACAGUUAUUGGAAGAAGAGUGGUGUGGUUGGUCCAGAACCGAUAUUAUUUUUCGGGAAUGCAAAGUUAAGUGCUCUUAGGCAAACGCAUAUCGCGAUUUUAUAUAAACAAAUGUAUGAAGAAUUCACGCACGAAAAAAUGGUCGGGUUUUACAGACUGACUACGCCAUCAUUGUUGAUUCGUGACCUAGAUAUUGCAAAGCAUAUACUCAUAAAAGAUUUUGAAGUGUUUCCUGAUCGCGGUUUUGAAUUCAGCAAGGAGGGAUUGGGAGACAGCCUGUUUCAUUGUGACUUCAACACGUGGAGAGCUCUCAAGGGUCACUUGACUCCGUUGUAUACGACUGGCAGAUUAAAGAUUAUUGUGAGUUUACUGAAUGAACGAAGUGAAAAAUUCAUCGAUUAUGUAGAAAGUGUUUGCUUAAAAAAUCCAGAACAAGAAGUGAUGAGUCUAUUUCUAAAAUACACUACCGCGUCUAUUAUGGCAAGCGCUUUUGGUGUUAAUGUGGACACUCAUCAAGAUAACUCGAAUUUGUUUGAAAAAAUUGAUAAUGCUAUAUUCACUCUAAAUUACACAAAUGAAAUGGACCUGCUCUUUCCUGGUAUAUUGAAGAAGACAAAUUUAUCAAUUUUUAAUGAAAUCGUUCAAAGAUUCUGUUAUGAAGUCGUCGAAACUGUUAAACUUCAAAAAAAGGAUAGUUCGGCCGUAAACGAUGCUAUGGAUAUCUUAUUAGCGUUGCAGCAACAAGGCGAAGCGAAAUCUAUGAGAAGGCAGGAUAAUGAAAAGGAAGCUUCGCUUAAACUAACAGAUCAUGUCUUAGCUGGGCAAGCUUUUGUAUUCUUUGCUGCAGGAUACGGCAACAAUACAAUUGUUUUGUCAAAUGCCAUGUACCAUUUGGCGAAAGAUUCAGAAAUUCAAGAUAAACUGAUAACGGAAAUUGAUGAAGUUUUAGAAAAGCACCAUGGCGAUGUAACUUAUGAAAGUAUCAAAGAAAUGGUUUAUUUGGAACAAAUAUUUAACGAAACUCUUAGAAUGCACCCAACAACGAAUGCUAUUCAAAGAUCUGCGAAAAGAGAUUAUGUUGUGCCAGGAACGGAUAUAAAGAUAGAGAAAGGAACACCUAUUGUAAUAUCACCAUUAGCUAUACAUCAUGAUGAGAAAUUGUAUCCAAACCCGGAAAAGUUUGUUCCAGAAAGGUUCAUGGUGGAGGCUGUCAAAAGUAGGCAUACUUGUGCUUAUUUGCCUUUUGGUGCAGGACCCAGAUCUUGUCUUGGAAUGCGAUUCGCCAAACUUCAGUUCAAGGCGUGUGUGGUAAAGCUGUUGUCAAAAUUCCGCGUGGAACCGUCUAGAAGGACCAAAGACGAAUACUUCAUCAACCCACGACGGUCUCUGCUGUGUCCUGAAGGGGGAAUUUACUUAAAUUUCGUCCCUAGGACAAUAUAAUAUAUAUUUUGUUAAAUAUAUGUAAUAUAUAUGUUUAUAAAUUGUCAGUCUUCUAAUUAAAUUAAUUGUCAUAUAGAUAUUUGUAUCUAUACAUUUUGUGAACUUAUGCAAAUACUUUUAAUAAAUAUGUUCUUAGAUAAUAAUCAGUAUAACAAUUAAAGACAAUAAUAAGUGUUACAAUCUAAAAAAUGUGUUUAUGUUUAAGGCUUAAAAUAUACUAGUCAUUAAGAUAUUUAGCAGAGAAUUUUGAUUUAAAACAUAUUCUUUAUAUGGAAAAUUAGACUUAUUAUUACUUUUUUGUUAAUGUAUAAAGAGCAAAAAAUUAUAAAAUCAAGAACAUUUUUGGCCCUAAUUUUGACUAAUAUUGUUUGUCGAUUAACAAAAUUCAACUAGUUUAACUGCGGUUGUGUAAUCUGUACUGUUAUAGAAAGCUGAAGUUUGUUUUUUUAACGCGCUUAUCUCAGCAACUAAUGAACCGAUUUUUCUUUUCACUAUUUGGAGCAUUACACAACACAACAUUACUCCUGGGUUCUAUAGCUUCUUUUUUCCCCGGAAAAACUUUAAUACGCGGGCCGCAGGCAAUAUCUGCUAAAGUGAUUUUUUAACCUACACAUUAUAUGAACGUGGUUACAUAUGCUUUAAUUUGUUACCUUUUUAUCUGUAAGACAUUAUAUUAUGUAUUUUUUUUGUGGGACCACUGCGAGACCUUAUUCUAUUAAACAUAAUACCAUUCAUACAAAUUGGCUUGCAAAUUUUAGAGUAAUAGAUGUAAAUACAAUAAUAAAAUACCAUUAAUAUCAACAUAUCUAAUGUUCUUUUUGUCACUUGUUUUAAAAUUGGGUAUAUGAUUAUGUUUGCUUUUGUGUGUUUUGUUGGCCAGCAGCCUUAG